UGAUACAUUGGUACAGUAAUAUUUGUACCGAAACAAAGCAGAGAAUAUCCAAUGCAUAACCAAUAAACCCUAUUCCUUUCACCCCUGCAAUAUGCAUGACAACUGUUUCAAUGGUAACAUUCUGAAUUUAUGCUUGCUGAUGUCUAUGGGAAAUAACAAAAAUGGAAUACAUGGAAAAAAAUUAAAUACAGAGCCCACAUGUCUCCUUUCCCAGUAUAGCAACGGCUUCUAAUCCUUCUAAAAUACAUAUUUUUCUCAUUCUCUCACUGAACCUGUGUGUGUGUGUGGGGGGGUGGGUGUGCGCGUGUGUGUGUUGCCUAGGGGCCCAGGUGUGCAAGGGGCCCUGAAUUGGCCUGACUAUUUUCAUUUUUUCUUAAAAUGAAUUCACCCCUAUUGGCCCAUAACAAGAAUCCUUAAGUAAGUAAACAGCUGAUUCUUCAAUAGCAGUGCUUUUUAAAUAAAGGCUAUCUCAAUGCUUUUAUAAAUGGCACUAAAUUAUUAUCAGUAAUGGGGCCUCAAACAAGUAGUAGCCUAGGGGCCAAUGACCAACAUGUGUGCUCUAGUUGAUCUACAAGAAUGACACAUUCCAACUUAUGUUUCAAUAAUAGUAUCACAAAAGUUGAUAAAAGACCAACUGAUAGGCUGGGUAGUCUUUCCUGGCUACCCAGUGUGAGUUUAUGUACAUGUUUUGGGUAUAAAACGUAGAUCGAAUUAGAAACAGCUUAUGGACUUGUGUCAACCAAUUUCGUAUCGGCGUGUUGUACACUUUUUGUAUUAAAGUGAUCGUUUUAUUUUUGUCAUUUGAACUUGAGCUCAUAAAGGCUUUUUCUAAAGAAUGUAAUCAAAACAAUCUGGUUGUCCGCGACAACACCACAACACCCAGCGGAACCUCCGGUGGACCAUUAUGACAUCACAAUGCCCACUCCCCUAUAUAAGUCACCGCUCCUCAGUCCAUUGCUCAGUGCUGAUCAGAGAGUCGAGCGUAAGCAUUACCUUGUAAUCACUGAGCAAGCACAGCAGCGUUUUACCCAGGUAGCGUUUGUUCUACUAUUGAGCAAGCAAACGAUGGGGAGGAGACGUGUGAGGAACCGGAAGAGGCAACCGAAACCUGAGGACCUCAUCCAACAGGAGAGCCUCCAUCAGGAGAGCCUCCACCAGGGGUCCCUCCAACAGGAGGGUCUCCACCAGGAGUCCCUCCAACAGGAGGGUCUCCAUCAGGAGGGUCUCCAACAGGAGGGUCUCCACCAGGAGAGCCUCCAUCAGGAGGGUCUCCAACAGGAGAGCCUCCACCAGGAGGGUCUCCAACAGGAGGGUCUCCAUCAGGAGAGCCUCCACCAGGAGGGUCUCCACCAGGAGGGCCUCCAUCAGGAGGGUCUCCAACAGGAGGGUCUCCACCAGGAGUCCCUCCACCAGGAGGGUCUCCAACAGGAGAGCCUCCAACAGGAGUCCCUCCACCAGGAGGGUCUCCAACAGGAGAGCCUCCAACAGGAGUCCCUCCACCAGGAGAGCCUCCACCAAGAGAGUCUCCCCCAAGAGACUCUCCACCAGGAGAGACUCAAACAUAUGGUAAUCAUCGUUUACCUAAGCAGACACCUGGUCACAGACAGCGGUGAGGGACUCCAACUGGAGGGUCUCCAACCAGAGGGUCUCCAACCAGAGGGUCUCCACCAGGAGGGACUCCAACCGGAGGGUCUCCACCAGGAGGGACUCCAACCGGAGGGUCUCCAACCAGAGGGUCUCCUCCAGGAUGGACUCCUCCAACGGGAGGGACUCCAACCAGAGGGUCUCCAGCAGGAGGGUCACUACCAGGAGGGACCCCACCAGGAGGGACCCCAACAGGAGGAACUCCAUCAAGAGAGUCUCCACCAGGAGAGUCUCCAACAGGAGAGUCUCCACCAGGAGGACCUCCAAGCAGAGGCCAGGCUACCUCCGAGACCGGACGGGACAUCAAUGGUGAUCACGGUUUACCUAUGCGGCCCUAUGAUCAGCAGACACCUGGUCACAGACAGCGGUGAGGGUCUCCAACCAGAGGGUUUGCACCAGGAGGGACCCCCACAUGAGGAAACCCCACAGGAGGGUCUCCAAGAGGAGGGUCUCCAACCAGAGGGUCUCCAGCCAGAGGGACUCCAACCAGAGGGUCUCCAAGAGGAGGGUCUCCAAGAGGGGGGUCUCCAACCAGAGAGUCUCCACCAGGAGGGACCCCAACAUGAGGGAACCCCCCAGGAGGGACUCCAAGAGGAGGGCGAGAUGGUGAGGACACCGGGGGUCUUGGAGGCUGAGGAGGACGCGUUCGAGCUGGAGAUGCCAACUGACCAUGGCAACCCCCACGUUGUCAUCCGUCAUUAUCCCAUUGACGCCGUGGUCUUCAUCCUCAACCAGGAUCAACCUCCAGCCACCGCCCUGCCAGGUGUAGUAGCGAUCGAGGAGAAACCUUUUGUCGUUAUGGGCUGUACAGAACCUGUGGCUCCCCGUAACAACACUGAGAUCUCGGUCACACCCAACGAAGAAGGGGAGGAACCUGUACAGCAGCCCAAAGGAAAGAGCCUCGGGUGGAGAUUCCUAAAUUGGCUCAGUGUGGUGAAGGAGAAGGAGCCAAACAAUAAGAGGAACGCCGGGACCAACCUUAAGGAGGACAUGGAGGAACACCUCAUCUCCAGCAAAGCGUAUAAACGUCAGGCAGCUUUGCUCCGUACAAAGCUCUCGAUGGCUGAGGGAGAGCAGAUGAGGAUGAAGAUCCACCGGGCUGAACGCCGGGAGCAGAAGGAGGCUCAGAGGCUGAAGGAGGAGCAGCGCUACGAGCAGUGGGCUGCUGAACGGGGCCUCAGCGAUGCAGGAGAGGGGCCAGCAGACGGGCCUAAGAAAAGGAUGACCAGAUUGCAGAAGGUGUCUUUGGGAUUGGUCGCCCUGUGCCAAUAAGCCGAUCCCCUCCAUCCGGCCACCCCCGGUGCGGGUCACCUGUACAUAUAUACAUAGAAGCAUAAUAAAACUCAAAGAAAUACAAAAGAAUACAAAAGAACAAUAAAGAAUCGAAGACAGCAUAGCUCUAUGGACCAAUCUCCCAAGGCCAUGGGAUCCCCAUCAUCUCAGGGCGUCUUUCACAGGACAACAGGCCAAGCAAAAGAGCAUCUCAAAAGGGAAGGACCAAUAGUAUGUUUCCACUGCCUGUCUGUAUAUAUACAUUUGCAUUCGACUAAUAUCUAAUAAACAUUUCUUUGAGAAAGCUU